GUUCGAAAACAACCGACCCAUAUUCCCACAUUGAGACAAGUCAAAUCAGUCUAAUUUUAGUAAUUCCUGCUCGAUUAGAUAAAAUUCUUUCAAAAUUUAAAGUUUUUGGUUCUGUUAAUUAGAGAACGUUUAACCGAAACUAACAUGAGUAUCAUGGAUAACGAUCCGCUGUUCACGUCGUUGUGCAACCAGAAAACGCUUCAAUCGACACAAGAGGGGUUUUUCGGAGAUUUCUACCAGACCGUGGCCGAAAAUUUCAAAGGCAAGAACAAGGACUGGUUGCGGGAAGUUUUCGGGAAAGUUAGCCCCGGCGAUGAUCGGACCCGGCUGCAGUUGGCCUUCGAAGAUCCGGUGGUUUGUUUCGAAGUUCUGGGAACCCUGGAGCAUGUGAAACCGGUAUUCCGGGGCAAAGAUGCCAAAUUCAGCUGGCAGCGGCGCGAUCAGGCCAUGAAGUUGCUGGAGGAGCGGAAAAUUCCUCAGGCACUGAUGAUGGCGAGUCAGGCCGUGAUGAGGGCACCGGCUCCGGGAGUCGAUCUGCACAUUGAUCAGGGAAUGACAUUGGCCUGUGCCUUGUGGAACAGAUCGGAGGUGCUGAUCCGGUCACUCGAUGGGAAGCGGGCUCUGGGCGAUCUUCAGCUGGCUUCCAAGGCCGGAUUUCCGGUCAAGGAAACUCCCGAGUACUAUGGACGGUUGGCUAAGUGUUAUGCCCUGAUGGGAGAAAACAAACGUGCGGAGGUAUCGGCCAAACUUUUCCAUCAAUUAGCUGGAUACAACGAUUUUGCAUUUGCUCGUCUCAAGGAGGAUAUCGAAGAUCUCAAAACGCUUAAAUCGGAAGAGGAUACGUUCAAGCCGAAAGAAGAGGAUCGAAAGUUGCCGGAUGUUUCCGAAGGACCUAACAAGGAACUCGCCGGAGCCUCUUCUAAAAUAACACUUAGUGGAUCCCGAGAAGAUUCCAGUAAAGGUCGUUUUAUAGUGGCUGCUGAAGAUUUGACGCCUGGAGAGCCAGUUCUUGUUGAACCAGCAUACGGGGCCUGUCUUUAUCCGAAAUUUUUCGGCAUGUACUGCAAUUUAUGCUUCUCAAGAUUAGUAGCUCCGGUGGCCUGUCCCGAUUGCAGCGGCCUGGCCUUCUGCUCUACCGAGUGUCGGGACAAGGCCUGUUCCGGGUACCAUCGGUUCGAGUGCCAAUACAUGGAUCUGAUGAUCGGUUCCGGGAUGUCCAUCCUGUGCUACUUGGCAUUGAGGCUGGUCACCCAGGCGGGAACUCCGCAGAAGGCCAUCGAAAUGGGCAAGGAACUCGCUGGAAUUCUGUGUGCCCAUUCGGAACAACGAGAGCAGGAGGAUUACUUCCAGAGGACUCUUAUGGCUGCAUUUUUGUUGCGGCUGCUGCAGAAGGCUGAAUUUUUCGGUCGACGCAAAACGGAAGCAGCUGAACCGACCCCGGAGGAGGCUGAAGUCGGUGGCGUUCUGUUGAAUCUUUUGCAAUCGCUCCAGUUUAACGCCCAUGAGAUCUACGAGACCAGAAUUACCGGGGAGCACCGGUUCGAUUCGGCCAAGGUUCAAUACAUCGGGGUAGGAAUCUACAAGGUUGGUGCCAUGAUGAAUCACGAAUGUCAUCCGGGUUUGACGAGAACUUUCCUGGGAACCAGCCUGAUUCUGCACACCAGUCGACCGAUCGCCAAAGGACAAGUUGUACCAGAGAACUACGGAAUGCACUUCUUCAGGCAACCGUUGGCACUUCGAGGUAGAAAUCUGCGUUCCCGGUAUUGGUUCAAAUGUGACUGCAAGGCUUGCUCGGAGGAUUGGCCGCUGAUGGACAGGUUGUCCGAUAAACCACGAAUGCUGUGUCCUCAUCCAGGCUGCGAAAAUGUGCUGAAAGUGCAGGGCAAAUGCUGGAAGUGCAAGAAGGCUGCCAACUUCGACACAUCGAUCAAGACCCUAAACGAAUGCGAAUCGCUCUACGCCGAAGCGGCCAAAAAAAUGAAGGAUGAAUUUACCGAUGAAGCGAUCGCUUUGCUGUGCAAAGGAAUUUCCUUGUUUUAUAAGGUAGCUGUUCCGCCCCACAAACCUACCCCAUAUUGCAGAGGAAUCUCUCAGGAUUUGUCUAGCCGAUCGGGCUAAUGUUAAUCGAGUGUAGAGCGUACUCUUGCUCAUUUGAACUGUACCGAAAAAUGACAUUUAAUAAAUAAAAAACUAAAUUUUCUUUUCAGAAA